AUGGAUUUGCCUUCGACAUCGUAUCCAGAAGCCCUUGGAUUGAAGCGGAACUCUAAUGAUGUUGGAUGGGAAUAUGGGUUUCUUUCUGACCCUAAAAACCCAGAUAGAGUUAAAUGCAAGCUGUGUGGGAAAGAAAUGGGAGGAGGUGUGUACAUGAUUAAGGAGCAUAUUGCUCACCAUAAGGGUAACGUUACCUCAUGUCCAAGGUCCUCAAAGGAAGAUCAGUCCAAGUGUAUGAAAGCUGUCUUGGAAUCAUCUAACAACAAAAGGAAAAUGAAAAACAAAGUGGACGUGCUUAGCUUGCAUGUGGGUGUUAAUGUGCAGAACAUAGAGGCUGUGUAUAAAGGGAUUCUUGUCAGAUCGAAACAUCGUAUAGCUCAAGGUCCAAUGGAUAAGUUUGUAACCGCUGUUACUCCUCCGGAGGUUUCUUCAGGUGGACAAGAAAAUAGCAAUGACACGCAUGUAGUGAGUCAGUUAUGUGCUAGAUGGAUAUAUCAGGCUGGUCUUCCUUUUAACGCCAUUGACAGUGAUUAUAUUAGGUCGUUUUGUGAAGCUUUAGGACAAUUGGGACCUGGUUCGGUUCCUCCAAGCCAGUGUGAACUGUGGGAAACAUUGUUGACAGAAGAAGAAAAAAUAGUUAAGGAGAAACUGAAGAGUCUAGAGAUAGAACGGGAACGGAAUGGUUGCUCUAUACUGAUGGAUACAUGGAGUGACACAAAGAAGAACGUAAUGAAUCUGUGUAUGAAUUCAAGAGGAGGGAGAUUCUAUCUUUCUUCAAAACAAUCUCAGACCGGUACAUCUAUCUUUGAGUACGCAGAUAAAUGCAUAGAGGACGUUGGUCCUGAGAAGGUUGUUCAGGUUAUAACGGACAGUGCGGACUACAACUUAGCGGCAGCAAAGAUGUUGAAAGAGAAGAGACCAUGCAUAUUCUGGUCAUCAUGCGCUGCUCACACAGUUAAUUUGAUGUUUGAAGACAUUGUUAAGUUGCCAAAUAUCUCAAACUCCAUUGAUAAAGCCAAAGCUUUGACACUGUUAAUAUACGCUCAUGAGAAAACGUUAGCUAUGAUGAGACAUCACACAAAGGAAAAGGAUAUCGUGAUAUCUAGAGUCACAAGAUUUGCUACGACCUUCUUGAUUUUGCAAAGCUUGUUGGAGAACAAACAACAACUAAAAGUCUCGCGAGUUGUGAACGUUUUGGAGCCUUUGGCCAAAGUUCUCAAGAUGGUUGAUGGAGAGAAAAAAACGUCAAUGGGGUUUAUCUAUGGAGAAUUAGUAGAAGCCAAAAAAAUCUAUCAAAGCUGCUACCAACAACUUGGAAGGUACUAUCAGCCUAUCCUCGAGAUCAUUGAUGUGAAAAUUAAAGGCAGAUUAGAUUCUCCGUUGCAUUUGGCUGCCUACUUGUUGAAUCCUUACUAUUUCUACAACAAACCAGACGUUAAGCCGGAUGAGACACUCAUGAAUGGCUUUCUCAUUUGUGUUGAGACUUUUUAA